GACAACAACAAAACGUAACAGUCGGAUUGAGGUGAAAAUCGUCCUUUUUAUACAUGUAAAAACCGUUUAAAAACUUUUUUUACUUGUUAUUUUGUGUCAUUGUUUAACUAAACGAUGUUCCGUGGUUUUGGCGCUUUUGAUGACGACCCUUUCUUCAGGUAAAUAUGUUUCAGUGAUGUGCUUUAGAUGGCAUUGUAUCUAGUCAGUGAAAUUGAAAGUAUUAUAGAAUUUUGAACUCGUAUUCGCCAUAGUUUGUAUUAAAAAGUGGCUUUUUACUAGCGAACUAUCUGCUGGAAAGUUGGGCAAUGAGAAAUAUUUUGUGAAUUUAAUUGCAGCUUUGAUAUUUUGCAUGUAUUUUGUUUCUUAAAUUGAAUUUCCCGAUCAAUUACAUAUCAAAGUACCUAGUUAUAUUGCGGUUGCUCGAGUUCUAAUGCAUUAUUAGCUGUUUUCCAAUUUUCUUGUCUUGCAUUUUAAUCCAUAUGAAAUCCAUAAAAUUGUCACAAGAUUUUAAUAAUUGCAAGAUUUUAAAUUGAUCGCCAACCCCUAUUUAUAUAUUAGGGAUUUAUAUAGAAUUAUGCCUUGUAUAUUUCUAACUUUCCAGAACUCUCAUUUGCUUCAAUGGCUUCUGUGAGCAUGAUGGGCCAGAAAUGUUGACACUUUUACAAGCAAGGAAUAUAAAUUUCUCAAUUCUAUUUAUUUUCUGCGAAAUACAAGACUAUUCUCCGAUCGGAGUUUAAUGUCAUCAAUUUUUCAUCUCGGUAAUCAAUAUGCCAAAAAAUCACAAUGUUUGGAAAUAUUCAGGAUGCGAGUAACAGCAUUUUGGGAAUUCUAUUUUUCCUACUCAUUUGACUGAAAUUUGCAGCAGAAAAUGUAAUCCAGUCAAUGUUUAGAAAAGUGAAAUUUCCAAAAUGCCAUAAAUCGCACCCUGAAUGUUUGUUAAUCAAACAUCGUGAAAUUUUCGUGAUAGACUAAUUUGGGCAUGGAAAUUUCAAUUCUGGGAUUCAUUUCUGGAAAAUAUGAAGAUGAGAAUUGAUAACAUUAACUCGGUUUGCACAAUGAUACCACAUAAAAUGAACUGGUUGAAUACCAAGUCGCAUUGUGCCUGGCUAACAUGCCCCACUUUAUUAUUUUAGUCUGUUUACUGACCAGACAAUUUCACUCGUCAAUGGGAGAGCACUUACACUAAAAGGGAUAUCAUAAUAAAACCCACCUAUUUUCAUCAAUGUCCAUGCAAUUUAGUUAACUUUGAAAAGGCAUGUAUUUUGAUCAGAUUCAAAGAGAGUUUGUGACUUAUGUAGUUAUGGUCACCUGUGGAAUUGCAUUAGAAUUUAGAGAAUGUUGAGCUUGCCAUCAUCACUAUCAUUGUCAACAUCAAACAUGGAAGUCUACUGUAGAUAUUAUUCUACGAUAAGCUCCUGUUGAUUGUGUCUGAAGUACUACGUGUCACAGAAGAUUAAACGCAACCCAAUUUUUACAGUUUUUAAAUUAAUCUCUUUCAGGCAGUUUAGAGACAUACAAACCACACAAUUAUAGUUAUAGCUCAAUUAAUAUUAUAAUAUCAAGUUCAAUAUUUUAAUAAAUGUAAUUUCCUUGUGAAUAUAAUAUAUACAGUAACAUAAAUGCAUGUGUUUACCUACUAGUAUAAUCAUAAAAUCUUGUGUUCCAAGUGAUAAUAAUUUGACAUGAGACAGUAAGACAAGAUAAGAGGGACCGAUUUUGUUAUCUACCAUCGAGAAGUGAAAUAAUCUGGCUUUAGACAGAGUAAGACGGUAAAAGGAGAUGUUUUAAAAAUAUAUUCGGUUGGAAUCUGCUGUGUUGGUGUAAUGUACUCAGGUGAAUAAGAUGUUUGUGUGGUGUUACUCUGAGUGUAUAUCCACACCGGGCAGGCUUGAAAAAUAUGCCUGGCCACGGCGGGAUUUGAACCUACGACCUUUGGAAUACUAGCCCAAUGCUCUUCCAACUGAGCUACGCGGUCAGGACGGUUCGAGUAUUUCAUGAUUAUUAGUAAGAUUACACUGAUAUCGAAGGAACUAGACUCAGUUCCGAAAUAUCGCAUACUCAAACCGUCCUGACCGCGUAGCUCAGUUGGAAGAGCAUUGGGCUAGUAUUCCAAAGGUUGUAGGUUCGAAUCCUGCCGUGGCCAGGCAUAUUUUUCAAGCCUGCCCGGUGUGGAUAUACACUCAGAGUAACAUCACACAAACAUAUUCGGUUGGGUCGAUGAAGUAUAUGACUGUAAUAAAACCAGCCCUUGAAAAAAGUCAAAAUUGAGGUGGCAAGCCAAUGCUGACCUUAAUCUGCCCCAAAGUCAGUUCUGUUCAUGGAAAAUUUUCUUGAGUGGGAAUGAGCCUAAUGAGGAUGGUUCUGAAACAGACUUGAAACACCAGUGUACUAAAGAAUUGAAUGGCUAUUUUCAUUACUAGCGCUCAUCAAGAGCACAUGCGUGAGAUGGACAGGAUGAUGGGUGGAUUUGGACCUUUUGGAGGUUUUGGCUUUGGUUCUCCAUUUGGCAGCCCAUUUGGAAUGUUGGAAGGACCUCGCGAUCGAGGUGAGAGAAACGACCAUCGAGAAAGAGGAAUCGUACCAAGGGACAGACCUAGGGACCCCUUUCAAUCAAUGUUUGGCAAUAUGAAUUCAAUGAUGUCACAAAUGCACAGGAACUUUGUAAGUUUAAUUUAAGAGCUAUUUGCAUUUUUGUAUGAAUUAUAUUGUCUGAAUCUUUAUAUUUGUCCUCAGAGCUCAUCUUGGGGGCUCUUGUAAAUACACACUUCCGUAAAGUAUUCUUGAAUUGUUGCACAAUGGCCAUUCUGCAUGUAUGAUUCAACAACCAUUACAAACACAAGGUCACACAAGUCAGCAAAUAUCCUGCUAUUCUCCUUACCUUUAACCCAUUGAGUUGCAUCGUGUUCUACUUUAUUAUUUCACUCUGUCUAACGCCAGAUUAUUUUACUCGGUCUAUAGCCAGUUUUCCACUUUGCCCGAAUCUUACCGAAAUGUACUGGUGAGUAUGUGCAGAUUGAAAAGAGGUUUAUAAAUCCACAUGCUUCCAGGUGUAUUCGUGUAUCAAAAUGAAAAGUUCAUCGCAAGUCAACUUUUUGGCGUACUACGGAAGUACUAACCAAUCUAUGUUCACAAAAUUUUGAAAUUUAAAAAUGUUUUUGAUAUGUUUCAGUACGGUACACUUGAAGUGGAAAACUGGCUUAACGCCAGAUGAUUUUACUCGUCAAGGGAAGAGCGCUGGCGCUUGCGGCCUACUUUAUUAUUUUACUGUGUCCAACGCCAGACGAUUUUACUCAUGAUCAAGGGGAGAGCGCUGGUGCUUAAUGGGUUAAUCUAUCAUUUUAUUCAGGGAAACAUGCCAUCCAAUCCAGAUGGUUUUGCGUAUUCUUCAAGUCAAGUGAUGUCGUACAGCAAUGAUGGCAGAAAUCCUCCCAAAUAUUUCGAGGCAUCAAGUUCAACCAAGCGAGGUCCAGACGGAGUCAGGGAAACACAAAAAUCUCUACGAGAUUCUGAAUCUGGGCUUCAUAGGAUGGCUGUUGGACAUCAUAUUGGUCAGUGACAGUGUUUUUGCCUUGUGGGAUAAAAACGUCAGAUCAUCACCAGCAUGUUUUAUGCCAUUAAGUUGCAUUAUUUUAUAGUAAUAUACUAAAUAUAGUAAUAGUGAUAAUACCAGCCGUCAAUUUCAAAAAAUAUAAAACGAAAAACAAUCAAAUAUUAGCAUCUUGAGAGUGAUUUGUGAUUUUUUCGAUUUUACGAUGGUUUUGGAAUAAAAUUAAAAUUAUAUCACACGUUCAUUCUCAUCUGUUACAAAUGCACAGAAACUUCUUAAUUAUAUAGUUUGAAUAUACAUACUAAUAUGUAAACUAAGAUUUAUCAAUUGAAAUUCCUUUCAAAUUCGUAAUAUAAUAUUAUCGAGGUAUAUUGACCACCGAAUAAAUUUUUAUAUUAUUUUGAAUUGAUAUUCAAAUUUCAUAUCCAAGUGCAACGUACACAAUGUAAAAGUCUCUCAUCUUGUAACAAGUUUGUCAACAAGAUGUGUUUGCAGAAUGCAGUCUGCUUGUCCCAAGUUGUCAACAAGUUUGGAACAAGCUGUUAACAACUUGUAACAACCUUGUUGAUGUUAUCGUAUUGUUGCAAGAUUGUUCCAACAAGUCUGAUACAGUCAUGAUAUAACAAUAUUGUCACAACAUUGUGUCAUCAACCUUGUAACAUUCUUAAUUGUUAUAUCAUGACUGUAUCAGACUUGUUAGAACAACCUUGUAACAAGUCUGAUAAUGGCUGCAAGCUUGUUACAAGUUGUUAACAGCUUGUUCCAAACUUGUUACAACAACUAGGAACUAGCAGUGCGAACACAACUUGUUGACAGCUUGUGAACAGAUUUGUAACAACUUGUUUGCAGACCUGUAACAACUUGUGCACUUUUACGUGUGACUUUUGAGCUCUAGAAACAAUUAAUGUCCAGUCAUGUCUAUCACGUGGGUUGGUCUGACAUAUUGUCAGGCCAAAUUUUCAUAAUUAGGUUGAACUCUGUUUGCCUUGCGUUUAUACUAAUUACAGUAGAUGUUUCCAUUCAAUGUAGGUGAUCGAGGUCAUGUAAUUGAAAAAUCAAAAAAUACAAAAACUGAGACGGAAGAACAGAAACAAGAUUUCUACGGCAUCGAUGAAGGUAUAACUACGUACAUCUGUGACUGUGGCACUGCUGAAAUUAUUUAUUCAACAACUGAGUUUCACCAAACGUGCAUAACAAACUAUAACUAUUAAACAAUACUAGAAAUAGCAGGAUGUUACUUAAGUAGCUAUUUGCAAGAACAAGUACGUUACAAGAUGAAUAUCACAAGACAGUGUGUUUUAGCUCAUGAAAUGCAGUAUAUUUGAGCAAAUUAAACUACAUCUUGAAAUUCUCUACUAAGGAGCCAAUGUAAGAUGUAUGGGUAAAGAUAUUCGGCAUUUUACUCGAGUAAGAGUACACUACCGUACUAUAUAGAGUUAGCAGUAUUGUCUCACUCUUAUAAUUCCAUCUUACCAUCAUCAGCUGCAGGACAGUGACAGACCCAUUUAUAACUGAGAUGUUAUUUUUCUUUACAGAGGAUGCUCCCGCAUUCAACAGAGAAUUCAAAGAAAAGACAAGAAAUUUCGAUCGACACAACGAAAUAGCAGGUAACUUGUGUCGUGUUAAAUCUGUCAG